CUCAAAUCAUUUGAAUUUACUUUUAAUUCAGGCAAGUAUUCAGGUCGCACGGCUUCCAAUCAGGCGUUUGGUUGGCCGGCAUCGGGUCCUUCCUCCUUUUCCUCGUCCCUGAGAGGCUGAUGUCAAGAUGAACGACACAGUGACAGUCAGAACCCGGAAGUUCAUGACAAACCGGCUGCUUCAGAGGAAGCAAAUGGUUGUCGAUGUCCUCCAUCCGGGCAAAGCCACAGUCCCAAAGACUGAGAUCCGGGAGAAGCUGGCCAAAAUGUACAAGACCACCCCUGACGUGGUGUUCGUCUUCGGCUUCAGGACACAGUUUGGUGGCGGCAAGACGACGGGCUUCGCCAUGGUCUACGACUCUCUCGACUACGCUAAGAAAAACGAGCCCAAGCACAGACUGGCCAGGCACGGUCUCUAUGAGAAGAAGAAGUCCUCCAGAAAACAGCGCAAGGAACGCAAGAACAGAAUGAAGAAAGUACGAGGCACCAAGAAAGCCAGUGUGGGCGCUGCUGGCAAAAAGAAAUGAGGUGUCUUUACAGGUAUAAAGAAAACAGGGCAUGGUGUGCUAUAUUGUGUUGAAUUGCACAUUGAAUCUUCUCUUGGUACCUCACCUGUAGAGAUCUCACCUAUAGUCUUCCAACAACCUUAUCUACAAGCACGCAUCCUUACUACUUCAUCCCAUCUUCCAUCACCCUUGUCCCCCAAACUUCUAAACCUACCCUGGCUGGUGGUACUUAUUCUCUGACAAAUAUUAUAAUAUCAACUAAUGUCAUAUCAACAAAAAAAACUAUUUCAUUGCUUCUAAACGAUUACCAUUCUUAUUCUCCUAUUAAACUAUUUUAUUAUGACUAUGUAUUGAUCAGAUGCUCAGUACAGUUAUGCUAACAUGCGUUAUGAGUGGUGACCUUUAGUGGUUGUUUACUAAAGCAUGUCUAGGAUAAUAAUUUAUAGCCCAAUGUCUCGAUGCGAGACAGCUGAACCACAUGCCUACUCAUACGACUUUUCCUAGUUUCAUUUAAUACAAUAUACAGUUUAAGUCGGAAGUUUAUAUACACUUAGGUUGGGGUCAUUAAAAAUUGUUUUUCAACCACUCCACGCAUUUCUUGUUAACAAACUAUAGUUUUGGCAAGUCGGUUAGGACAUCUACUUUGUGCAUGACACAAGUUAUUUUUCCAACAAUUGUUUACAGACAGAUUAUUUAACUUAUAAUUCACUAUAUUACAAUUCCAGUGGGUCAGAAGUUUACAAACACUAAGUUGACUGUGCCUUUAAACAGUUUGGGAAAUUCCAGAAAAUUAUGUCAUGGCUUUACAAGCUCUGAUAGUCUAAUUGACAUAAUCUGAGUCAAUUGGAGGUGUACCUGUGGAUGUAUUUCAAGGCCUACCUUCAAACUCAGUGCCUCUUUGCUUGACAUCAUGUGGAAAUCAAAUAAAUCAGCCAAGACCUCAGAAAAAAUAUUGUAGGCCUCCACAAGUCUAGUUCAUCCUUGGGAGCAAUUUCCAAAUGCCUGAAGGUACCAUGUUCAUCUGUACAAACAAUAGUACGCAAGUAUAAACACCGUGGGACCACGCAGAAAGAGAUGCGUUCUGUCUCUUGUGAAGAUGCUGGAGGAACAAAGUAUCUAUAUCCACAGUAAAACAAGCCCUAUAUCGACAUAACCUGAAAGGCCGCUCAGCAUGGAAGAAGCCACUGCACCAAAACCGGCAUAGAAAAGCCAGACUACGGUUUGCAACUGCACAUGGGGACAAACAUCGUACUUUUUUGAGAAAUGUCCUCUGGUCAGAUGAAACAAAAAUAGAACUGUUUGGCCAUAAUGACCAUCACUAUGUUUGGAGGAAAAGGGGGGAGGCUUGCAAGCCGAAGAACACCGUGAAGCAUGGGGGUGGCAGCAUCAUUUUGUGGGGGUGCUUUGCUGCAGGAGGGACUGGUGCACUUCACAAAAUCGAUAGCAUCAUGAGGACGGAAAAUUAUGUGGAUAUAUUGAAGCAACAUCUCAAGACAUCAGACAGGAAGUUAAAUCUUGGUUGCAAAUGGGUCUUCCAAAUGGACAAUGACCCCAAGCAUACUUCCAAAGUUGUGGCAAAAUGGCAUAAGGACAACAAAGUCAAUGUAACGGAUGUGAAACGGCUAGCUUAGUUAGCGGUGUGCGCUAAAUAGCGUUUCAAUCGGUUACGUCACUUGCUCUGAGACCUUGAUGUAGUAGUUCCCCUUGCUCUGCAAGGGCCGCGGCUUUUGUGGAGCGAUGGGUAACGAUGCUUCGAGGGUGACUGUUGUCGUUGUGCGCAGAAGGUCCCUGGUUCGCGCCCGGGUAUGGGCGAGGGGACGGUUUAAAAAUUAUACUGUUACAUCAAGGUAUUGGAGUGGCCAUCACAAAGCCCUGACAUCAAUCCUAUAGAAAAUUUGAGGGCAAAACUGAAGAAGCGCAUGCGAGCAAGGAGGCCUACAGUCCUGCCUCGGUUACACCAGCUCUGUCAGGAGGAAUGGGCCAAAAUUCACCCAACUUAUUCUGGGAAGCUUGUGGAAGGCUACCCGACACAUUUGACCCAAGUUAAACAAUUUUAAAGGCAAUGCUACCGAAUACUAAUUGAGUGUAUGUAAACUUCUGACCCACUGGGAAUGGGAUGAAAGAAAGUGAAAAUAAAUUACUGUAUUUAUUCUGACAUUUCACAUUCUUAAAAUAAAGUGGUGAUCCUAACUGACCCAAGACAGGGAAUUUUUACUCUGAUUAAAUGUCAGGAAUUGUGAAAAACUUUGAGUUUGACUUCAACUGUCAUUUGAUAUAUACUAUAUACUAAAUAAAUUCCUCACUGAGCUGGAAAAUAAAUAUCAGUUAACUGCAUCUUACUAUUUAAAAAAACAACAUGUAGGUUGAGCUCCAUCUCUACUAUUACCCUUCGGACCAUCAGCCCAAUUACCCCCCUUCCUUUAGUUGAGGUGCGCCCCCCCCUCCCUGAGUAGAGUUGUUGUAAGUGGAGAUGGCGUAUUUCUGUUUGCAGGUGAACUAACUUCUCUUCCUCUGUGUUUUCCUACAGUGAGCCUGGAGAAUCAGGGAUGUUCCUCGUGCUCAAGAUGUUCUUGUAUAUUGUCAUCGAAUAAAAAAACUUUGGAAAAAAAUUCA